AUGGCAGCGGACGGGCAGUGCUCGCUCCCCGCUUCAUGGCGGCCGGUGACCCUCACCCACGUCGAAUAUCCUGCAGGUGAUCUCUCAGGCCACCUCCUUGCCUGCCUGAGCCUCAGCCCUGUUUUCGUCAUCACUGGCUUCGUGACCCUCAUCAUCUUCAAGCGGGAACUGCACACGAUCUCCUUCCUCGGGGGCCUGGGACUGAACGAGGGGGUCAACUGGCUGAUCAAGCACAUCAUCCAGGAGCCGAGGCCCUGUGGAGGCCCCCACACGACAGUGGGCACCAAGUACGGGAUGCCCUCCAGCCAUUCCCAGUUCAUGUGGUUCUUCUCCGUCUAUUCUUUCCUUUUCCUUUAUUUAAGAAUGCACCAAACGAACAACGCCAGGUUCCUGGACUUGCUGUGGAGGCACGUGCUCUCCCUGGCUCUCCUCACGGCGGCCUUUCUAGUCUCCUACAGCAGGGUCUACCUGCUGUACCACACCUGGACCCAAGUGCUCUACGGGGGCAUCGCCGGGAGCCUCAUGGCCGUCGCCUGGUUUGUCUUCACCCAGGAGGUCCUCACCCCGCUGUUCCCCAGGAUAGCAGCCUGGCCUGUCUCUGAGUUCUUCCUGAUCCGAGACACGAGCCUCAUUCCCAACGUGCUCUGGUUUGAGUACACAGUCACCCGGGCAGAAGCCAGGAACAGGCAGCGCAAACUGGGGACAAAACUGCAGUGACUGGUGGGUGUGGCCUGCCUGGCCCCCAGAUCUGGCCGGUACCUCGACUUGCAGGGUGACGAACAGCGGGAUCCCAGACCUCUUCAGACCCAAGUCACCAAGCGAAGCCUUUUAAUUGUUUUCUUGUUUUAAUUGUAAUGAGUACGGUGGACCAAAGGGCUGAGCCAGCCCCUCUGCCAGGACCCAGCUGGGGGCCACAGGCCAGAGACCCUCGUGGUGCUGUUGCCAGCCCCUGGUCGGGCGGGAAGUGCCCUUGGAUGGGCACCAGGGUAUGGGGGAGAGGACAAAGGCUUGUGCCUCCGCUCCUAAGGCCAGGCCAGCCAGGUGGGGUGAGAAAUACGCACUAUUUAUUUUUUUUUUAAUUUUGUCAAAGGCGAGUAGGACUUUGGAGCUGAGGCCGGAAGAGCCUGCUGUGCGGUGGCCGAGUUGCCCACGGAGGGUCAGGCCAGCUUCCCAGGCCCUUGGCCUUGAGCUCAGGGGUGGACUGCUUUCCCCUGGGCCUGAGAGGUGGCCUGGAAGGCCAGGAGGAGGCCGCCCCACCCUCGCCCCCGCCCCCAUUGCCAUUCCAGAACCUCCUUCAGUGUUUCCUCGUCUGGGGCGAGGGCCCAGAGUGCGCGCGUCUGGCGGCGGUUAUCAUUGUGUUUGAACCCGUUUUGACCUUCGACCACAAGGGCUUUGUCUGGUCCCCCGUCCCGACAAAAGAGCCUGUACCUUGUGGGUGAGCGAACCCAAGCUGUUGACAGCUUUUUUGUCCUGCCAUCUGGUAGCUUUUAGCCCGUGCCCCCUCCCUACCCCCCACCCCCCACUCCAACAAAGCACCCAGUGCUGGAGGGAGGGGCGGAAGGGAGCAGGGGUGCCUCAUGGGGCACCUCCCGGAACGUCUUUGUCCUUUCUCCCAGUCUCGGGCUGGAGACCCGAGUGGGGUUAGCCCUGGCCCUUGGGUCCCUGUUCCAGGGAGAGCCCCCCCAGGGGCCUGGUUUCUAAUCGCCCACCCCACCCCCAAGCAGGCGCUGUGGAGCGGAGCUUUCCCAGGCUGUUGGAAGUGCUUGGAGCCCGCGCCCCGCCCUUUCUUGGGGGUCCUAACCGCAGCCCAGCCUAGUGCAUCCCUUCCUCCUUCGUAAGAGCCAGCUCAGCCCCAGGCCGCGUGCUUCGGGGGAGGUGGCCUGCCCCACGUUUCCCUCCUCCUCGCCCCCUUUUUUUACUUCUUGCCUGGGACAAGCCAAGUGUGAGGUGGACUGAUUUAAGGAAAAUCAUUGAAAUUGUUUACGACUGUUUUCAAAUAAAACCAUGAACUGA